AUGGAGGGCUACCACAUCAAGGCGCUGCACAAUCAGUCGUUCUUUCCCUACGGCUACGACAAUCUGAACGUGGUCGAGCUGCACGGCCGCAAUUCGCGCAUCGUCUUCCCGUUCCGCCGCAUCGAGAAGCUGCGAGCCCUGCCGCGCGAGGAGUGGAGCACCCAGGGCCGCAUCACCGACGUGCACCAGCUCUUCCCCAACACGCAUGUCAGCGUGCUGUCGAGCCACGCGAUCCUGAUCAUUCUCGAGCCGGUAUCGCCCUCGGAGACCCACUGGGUCGUCUACCAGCUCGCGCCGCGCAUCAAGAACGGCAAGCCGCUCGACAUCGAGCAGGCGCGCAAGGAUGCCAAUUUCGUGCAGGAGAGCGGCAUACUGGAAGACCGCCACGCCGCCCGCGAGAUCCAGUCGGGCCUGGCCUCCGGCGCCAAUACCCACUUCACUUUCGGCCACUACGAGCAGGCGAUCGGCCACUUCCAUCGCCAUCUCACCGAGCAUGUCGAGAUGCUGAAAGCGAAGCAGGCGUAG